UUUUAUUUCUUUUUAAUGCUCCUCUUCCCUGAAAGUCGAUAUCCUAUUGAAAACAGGAAAAAGUCUUAAACGUAUCACUAAGAAUCUAAAAUUAAAGAAUUAUUAUCUAAUUCAGUAGGAGAAGCUAUUAAACAAAAACCUUCUAAACCAAUUAACUUCAAAUAGGACUAUGAAGAAAAUUAAUAUUUAGCUAAUAAAAAUAAACAAAGCUACUUAUAAAGCAAUAUCUUUCAUGAUACAAAAAUUUAAAUUAGAAAUGAUAAAUAAGCACUCUAAUAUUAAAAUAAUAAAAAAAAAUAAUCAACGAUCAUCUCUUCUAGAGUCACAACAGAACCUACUUUUUAAUAGCCUUAAUAAGUUAGAGGAACUUUGAAUGCAGAAUUUAGAAAAGAUGAUAUAAAAGUUGAAAAUAAACAAUCUUAGCGAAGUGUCUUAUUUAAUACUCUUGGAAAAUAUUAUGAGGAACAUACAAAUCCUGGUAAAACUAAUUUUAUGCCUUUUGAUUUAAACUUUCUCAAUCAUGACUCUUUAAGAUAUAAGAAAUUAGAAAAUUAAGAAAAAUAAUUAGAGGCAGAAUAUUAAAAACAAAAGAGCUAUCAAUCAUAAUAAAAUUCUACUUAGAAUCAAUCAAGAAGAUAAUCAAAGUUGGAUUAAGAAAUUAAUGUUAAACUGAAUCAAAUAGAGAUACCUAAAUAGGAGAUUAAAGGUUAUGAUAUUCUUAUAGAAUAAAAAGGGAAGGGUUUUCUUCCUAAUUAAUUCAAGAGCAUUAUUAAACAUAAUGGAUUUAAAAUAAAAUCUUAAGAAAAUGACCAUUAUGUAAUCUAACCUUUAGGAGGAAAUAAUAACAUAUAAUCUAUUGUAAAAUAUUUAAAGAAUUAUGAUAAUAAAGCCUAAGUUUAAAAGAUUCCAUAUUAGGAGUGA